AUAUUUUUUGACGUAUUUGGGUCCUCGCCUGUUUACGCUGACGUCACAGCAGUUUGCCGAAGGGAUCAAGGACUGACACAUCGGCAUCAUGUUCCAUGGCAUACCAGUUACAGGAGGGGUGGGAGGAGCUCCGGCAAACAAGCCUGAGUUAUAUGAGGAGGUGAAAUUGUACAAAAAUGCAAGAGAACGAGAGAAGUAUGAUAACAUGGCAGAGCUGUUUGCUGUUGUCAAGACCCUUCAGGCUCUGGAGAAGGCUUACAUCAAAGACUGUGUCACGCCCAAUGAGUACACCGCCUCCUGCUCCAGGCUGCUGGUCCAGUACAAGGCCGCCUUCAAACAGGUGCAGGGCUCUGAUGUGGGCUCCAUCGAUGAUUACUGCAGAAAGUACAGACUCGACUGCCCACUAGCCAUGGAA